GGUCAACAUUUUCCAUUGAAAGGUCUCGGACCAGUGUCCAGAGUCGGAAGUACACCAAAAAAUACUGAAAAUGUUCCUUUCCAUAUACUAUGUCAUGAUCAUGCCAUUGGGAACGCCUCCCUCGGAAACGGCUUCGGCUUCCCCUCACUUCCACCAUGCAAUGCGGGGAAAGCUCCCCGGACUACUUUGCUAUACAGAACGAUGAUGCAACUGAUUGUAGACAACAAAAGUACUUCACAGAUUCAAAACAAUUGACAAAAUGGCAGAUUCAAGCUCCAAAGCAAACAGUCGUUUGACUAAGAUUAGUGACUUCCUCACUGGAAGUAGGACUGCUACUGCCAUUCCUUGGGAUCCUAAUUGCACAAAGUUUCCUACCAGGAGUGAGGUCCCGAGACGAGAAGAUGCUCCUGCUGGAGCAGCUUGGGUCUGGGGUCAAGAUGACUAUCUAGGUAGAAUUAACCUACUUACACCUACUCGAGUCUCUGCUGCAUCUAAAGAAAUCAAGACCGGCGAUAUCGUCCCGUUAAACCUUCCGUUGAAUGUCCCAGAAGUCCCAGCUUUCGCUCGAGAACCAUUUAAGCACGAGAUCAAGCCACUGGCGGAAGGUGUCGCCUACGAUGACAAAUACGAACUCAAUACGCAGAGCGGUACUCAAUGGGAUGGGUUCAGGCACAUCGCCCAUAUGCCAACCGAGACUUUCUACAAUGGAACCAAAGGAAAGCACAUCGGAGGCUCAGAGAAUGAUCCCAACCGAUGUGGCAUACACCACUGGGCGAACCAUGGGAUUGCCGGCAGAGGUGUGCUCAUCGAUUAUUGGAGCUAUGCUAAAGCCAAUAACAUCAUCUAUGAUCCAUUUGACUAUUAUCAGAUCUCGUUUGAUGAGUUGUACAAGGCUGGUAAAGCACAGGGUAUUGACAUCAGACCCGCUGCCCAAGGUGGUGACAUUCAGAUUGGAGACCUGCUCUUCAUUAGAUCUGGUUUCGUUCAGACUUACCACACUACACCUUCUGAUAUCCGGGCUGCCGCUGCCUUGAGACCUCAUUCAAUUGGCAAGACAGAUGGCCAACGCUGGGCUGGUGUCAAGCAAGAUGAACAGAUGAUCGACUGGUUGCAUGAUAGCUAUUUCUCCUGCGUUGCUGGAGAUGCUCCAUCUUUUGAGGCUUGGCCUAGCCAGGAAGAGUACAUGCUCCACGAGUACAUCUUGGCCCUUUGGGGUAUGCCAUUGGGUGAGAUGUUCGAUUUAGAGAAAUUGUCUCAGACCUGCAAAGAGAAGGGAAGAUGGACUUUCUUCGUGACGAGCUCUCCAGCUAACUGCGAGGGUGGUGUCUCGAGUCACGGCAACGCGUUGGCAAUCUUCUAGGUGUUGGAUAUUUCAUGAUGAUCUACGAUCUCUUUGUAUAUGUGUAUAUAUCACACUUUCAUUCCUUACGUGGGAAAAGGCAACAUAGGCAACAUCAAAGUCUG